AUGGCGUCACCGGCAAAGUACGAAAUUCAAAUUUCUGGAAGAAAACAUCUCAUGCUCGACAGCUUUUCUGCAUGAAUAUCCUUUAACUUUGCUUUCUUCGGCUGUUUCUAUACAAACCAAGUUUCCGUUACCACUGGGAGAUUUAUCACCGGCCAGGGAGAUGCCUGUGGAAAGGACGGAGCACCGUGGAGCCCCGGAGCUCCACAAGUAUUAUGAGGUUUAUGAGACCAUUGGCUCAGGUGGCUUUGCUAAAGUCAAACUGGGUCGUCACAUCUUGACUGGAGAAAAGGUUGCCAUCAAAAUAAUGAAUAAGAAGGAUCUUGGGAAUGAUUUGCCACGUGUGAAGGUGGAGAUUGACGCCAUGAAGAACCUGAGCCAUCAGCAUAUUUGUCGGCUGUAUCACGUCAUAGAGACUUCCACACAGAUAUUCAUGGUGUUGGAGUACUGCCCAGGUGGUGAACUGUUUGAUUAUAUCAUAGCAAAGGACCGGCUGUCAGAACAGGAGACCAGAGUGUUUUUCCGGCAGAUUGUGUCUGCGCUGGCGUACGUCCACAGCCAGGGAUACGCACACAGGGACCUAAAACCGGAAAACUUAUUGAUUGACGAGGACCAUAACUUGAAGCUUAUAGACUUUGGUUUAUGUGCCAAACCUAAGGGUGGUUUGGGUUAUGAGCUGAUGACGUGUUGUGGGAGUCCGGCAUACGCUGCUCCUGAACUCAUCCAGGGAAAAGCGUAUAUUGGCUCGGAGGCUGAUGUGUGGAGUAUGGGAGUUCUACUGUUCGCUCUGCUCUGCGGAUACCUGCCCUUUGAUGAUGACAACUGCGUUGUCCUUUAUAGGAAGAUUAGUAGAGGUAGAUAUGAUAACCCACAAUGGCUGUCUCCAGGUAGUACCCUUCUUCUCAACCAGAUGAUGCAGGUGGACCCCAAGCGGCGCCUCACCGUUCGACAGCUGUUGGACCAUCCCUGGGUGAUGAGGGAUUAUAACAGCCCUGUCGAGUGGUGCAGCCGGAAGCCGCUUUACCACAUUGAUGAAGACUGUAUCACUGAAAUGGCAGUCAACAUGAAGCGAUCGAGGGAAAGCACCACUGCGCUGGUGAAGGAGUGGAAGUAUGACCAGACCACAGCCACGUACCUGCUGCUGCUGUCGAAGAAGCACAAGGGAAAGCCCGUCCGUCUGUGGCCCGAGCCAGCCGUCUGUGACGACUCUCCCCUGCAUCAAGGACUGCAGACAAGAGGAACCCUUCACUUCACAGACGAUGAAGACGCCAUUAUCGUUGGUUCUUUGGACUUUUGCUCAGACUACAUCGAUGAUUGCCCGUGGGUGUCACCACAGUACACGCCUCAGAGGGUCAGAGGUCGGCCAGAUGAGGUCAAGAACAAAGAGACGAGGUAUGUAUCGCCAUCUCUAGAUAAAAGACAUGCCUGCAGCCCGAUAGCAGAGAGAGGGAAGACCACGACGCCGCACCAUCAGAGGAGGAGGGAGAAAGACCAAGAGCAAGCCGCCGAGAACAAGGAGAAUAUUGCUGAAGACAAAGGACUUGAAAUCUUUGCCUUGCCCCCGCCUCGCACCCCUGCGUCCACCAAGAAGAGUUCACGCCCCAACAAAAACGUGUUAACCACACCCAAUCAAAAUGCUAACAGCAACGUCAACAAACCCACUGUGGCCACUCCUAAAGUAGGUGGUGACAGUGCACCCAAGGAGCAGUAUAAGAAGAAAGCAGCUGAGAGCAAAGAAUCUGCAAACAUGGAAAUAUUGGCCUUCAGUCCAGAACGAAGGUCCAGGUCACUGGACAUGGCCGUCGUUGAAGACAGCGGCAAGAAGAAGCGAACAGGGAAAAUGUUUGGUUCCCUGGAGAGGGGUUUGGAUAAGGUGAUAACCAUGCUCACCCCGAGUAAGAGACGAGCGCACCGCGGCGGCCCACGUAAGAUUAAGGCUCAGUAUAACGUGACUCUGACCAGUCAGACCAACCCAGAUCAGGUCCUAAACCAGAUCCUCUCUAUUCUGCCAACAAAAAACAUCGACUUCACCCAGAAAGGGUAUACGCUGAAGUGCCAGACUUGGGGUGACUUUGGGAAGGUGACCUUGGCGUUUGAACUUGAGGUGUGUAUGCUGCAGAGGCCUGAAGUCGUAGGAGUUCGGCGCCAGAGGCUGAAGGGAGAUUCCUGGCUGUACAAGCAUCUGGUGGAGGACAUCCUCGCCACCUCCAGUAUUUGAGUAUUACGCCACCUCGCCAGUCUUGUUGCUUUUUCCAACUCAAUGAAUACUGUUUUUGUUUUUUUUCCCUGUAGCACCAUACUUUUCAUUUUUUGUUUUAAAAUUUCAAAAAACUCGUACAUACGAGGAAGCCGUCCUUUAUAACUCUUUUGGAAUUGAUCAACAUUUUCUUAAGACAGCCUACAAAUUUUCCAAGUACGCUUUGGAUUAACUUUAUGAAUUACAUA